CAACAAAGCUAGCUAGCUCAGUAAAUUUAUUAUUAUUUUUUUCUUUUUCCUUUGUUCUGUACUCAACUAUCUGAUUUGAGCCCCAUAGAUCUUUUCUUGGGGAUUUCGGCUGAAAAUGGAGGAAUUUGGGGUUUUGAUACUCAAAAUCUAGGGUUUCAGUUAGGGCAUUGGUCUGGGACGUAGGGCAUACUGGUUUUUUAGUUAAUAUAUUCAUAAUUUUGCUGAGCUCGAUAAGAGGAGAUGAAGCAGUUGGUAGGGAGACCAGGUUCUGGGAGUGGCUUAGUACUCCGAUUAGGGCAAGUUAUUUGUGCUGCUGCUUCCAUCGGAAUCAUGGUCUCUGCUAAUGGCUUCGCUACUUUUACUGCUUUUUGCUAUUUGAUUGCAUCAAUGGGACUUCAAGUCCUGUGGAGCUUAGGACUGGCAUGUCUUGAUGUUUAUGCUUUGAGGAGAAAGAGGGACCUCCAAAAUCCAAUCCUAGUCAGCCUGUUUGUUGUUGGAGAUUGGGUUACAGCUACAUUAUCACUGGCAGCUGCAAGCUCUUCAGCAGGGAUUGUAGUUCUAUAUGCGAAAGACAUGAAUUUCUGCACAGCUCAAUUUCAUCUCCCAUGCAGCAACUUUCAGAUUUCAGUUGCCUUGGCUUUCCUCACAUGGGCUCUUAUUGCCUUAUCAUCUCAUGUGAUGUUUUGGAUCUUAUUAACUUCAGUUUGAAAGACUGUUGCGUACCUGCCUCAUUAUCAAGACAAGUGCUACAGUUCUAUAGCAAGCAAUUACUGGCUUCAACAGUCUUUGGGGAUCUCUCUCAUUCAGUUGCAUCAUCUUUGUGUGUGAGCGCAACCUUGUCCACGAUCAACCUGCGCUGCACCCUCGUUUCAUAGGGCUCCAUCCAUUUAUUAUUAAUCUCAAGUUUGGAGCUGAUCUAUCAAAAGGAGGCACAUUUGGAUUCAAGUUUUACUUGCUGUAGAUUCUAAAUUUUACAUUGUUAUAUACUUGUGAUGAACAAAGACGGUAAUGAAACAAAAUUUUGUGUAACUCUCCCAUAUGUUUGCAGAAGUUGUAUUAUCUCUUGAAAUGAUGUGUAAGCGUCAUGCAAAUGAAAUGACAUUGAUACUUUGUCAAA